AAAUAGAAAAUUUUCCCCUAAUGGAUCUGAGUGGCUCGACUUCAUAUUGGAUGUGCCAAUAUGAAGUCACCUGCUGAUACCGGGGCUUAGUGAGAAAGAAAAAAAAAAAAAGGAGCAUGGGAUUCAACAAUGGCUAAUUUAUCGAUGACAUCAGAGAAGCUUCGAAGAAAACCGCAGAAAAACGCAAACCGUUGGAGAAGGGACCAUAAGGAGUUGAAGAACGGAAGGAAGAAAUUGAUGAAAAUUGAGAGAGAAAGAGAGCAUGGUUUCUCCUCUCCGGUUGGGUGAAUGUCUGCACCCUUCCAUGUUUAUGGUUUUUAUGUUCUAUGUUAUGUGGUCUUGUUUCUGCUAUAUAUUAUAGCAGAAUAUCAAUAAAAGAAAAUGGGUUUUAACCUCACCAAAAGAAGGAACUCCGGGUGUCUCUCCUUCUCCUUCUCCUCCAAGUCCUCUCUCAAUCCCCCCUUCUCACCACCAAAAAUCCAACAUGGUAUCAGAGCUGAAAUCUUGAGGGACCUGUGAGAGUUUGUUUUUUGAAGGAACACCAGAAAAAAAAAACCCACCUUUCUCAUUGUUUUCAGACGGUUUUCAUGGGAAACCCCUCUUGCUUGGCCAAAAUCUUGCAGCAAAAAAGGCUGUGAAGAUGGAGGCAUAUGUUAGUCCCACCAUGGGAGAUGUCAAGGAGAGGAAAGCUGGAUUCAAAGAGAAGGUGUUCAUGUUUGUUUGAAAAAUCAGUCCAAAAGGCAAAUCAUGGUUGAUGAAAUGGGAAACUGAGCACAAAAAACUCAGUUUCAUGGUAUGUUCUUCAUCCAUCUUUUAUGUUUGGUAUGGAUAUGUUUUGAGUUUUCUCAAGAAAACUCUUCAUGAAUGUGGCUUUGAUGCUCUAAACUCCCACGGUUUCAUGGCAAAGAAUGUUUGAUGGAGAUGAUGGCAAAGGAAAACUGAGCACAUCUCAGUUUCAUUCUUUGUUCUUCAACCAUCUUUUAUGUUUGUAUUUCUGAAUGUUAAGAGCCUUUUCAUAAAAAUAAAAAAUUAAAAAAAAAAUCCUCUUCAUGUUUAUGUACUUGUGAAUCCCAUUGCUUUAUGGCAAAGAAGUCUGAUGGAGGAGCAGCCAAGACCAAGUGCAAAAUCACAACUCCAGAAUGUACUGAAGCGGCAAAAAUCAAUGGACAAAGCUGCUGCAAUGGUGGAGUUGUUGAAAAUGUUUAAGGCUCCUGAAUUUUUUCAAACAACAAAAAUCUAACAAAGAUGAAGCUGCUGAUUUGCAGGAGGAGCUGAAAUAUUUGAGAAGAUGGUACUUGGCAGCAAACAACAAACCAAACCAAAGACAGAACUGAAAAUGGCAGAUUCAAUGUGCUAAAGUAAAAUUGUGUUUCUGCAGCUUUAAUGCCAAGGAAGAGUUCGUUGGAGCUAUGGCAUGAAAGCUGAAAAUGCAGUGAAAUGAGAUCUGCUAAAUGAUGCUGCAAUAUGACUGCACAGUAGCAGCAAAUGACAGCAGCAUGCAGCUUCACAUGGGCUACAAGAAAUGGCAGAACACUUGGUCAUUUUAGUCAAUGUUUUAGGUAGUUAAUAAUUAUAGUUUAGGUAGAAAAAUAUUAUUGUUUUAGGUGUAGCCUUCCUCUAUAAAAAGGAAGGAAGAAAUUGAUGAAAAUUGAGAGAGAAAGAGAGCAUGGUUUCUCCUCUCCGGUUGGGUGAAUGUCUGCACCCUUCCAUGUUUAUGGCUUUUAUGUUCUAUGUUAUGUUGUGUUGUUUCUGCUAUAAAUAGCAGAAUAUCAAUGGAAGAAAAUGGGUUCUGACUUCACCAAAAGAGGAAACUCCAGGUAUCUCUACCUCUCCUCCAAGUACUCUCUCAAUCCCUCCCUUCUUACCCUCAAAAAUCCAACAAACUCCUUGCAUUUUC